CCCAUGUCCUAUCCACUAACAUGGAGGGGGCGUGCUUUAUGACCUAUACUGCAGCCAGCCACCAGGGGGCAAUCAAAAUGUUUUGGCCUCACUUUUGUGGAGCUGUCAUGUCGUCCAUCUUUACGGUCAAAAUGCCUGACGGAAGCACCGAAAUGUCAAAAUAAAUUGAAACAGGGAAAAUUGUUAUACCUCAGUGACGAGUGCACAUUGAGAGCUCAGGUUUGACGGAGUGGCACUUGAUUUUGUUUUUGUAAUAUUCGCACUAAUGUGUUCGCUUUGCGUGCUUCUCUCUUACAUCUGUUUGUUUUAAAGCUGUAUGAAUUGAUUUUCUUGGCCACUUGGGGGGCAGUGGAAAAAGCUGUAAACACAACAUUGACAUUUAAUCACCUUAUAAAGUUGAUAUGGUGAACGCUUUAGUAGUCAGUUUACACGUCCAGCAGACACAGAGCAUCAUUAGGAUUCAUUUGGAGCCGUGUUUCUGGCCACUUCAUGAAUAAAAGUCUCUCCUUUUAGCUCUGUUUUGGUCUCCUGAGAAAAAUCAACCCAAUCUCACGGGAAGGCGUAUAAAUAGCACAACAUUACAAGGACAUUCUGUGUGUCAUGAGAAUGCAUUUUUGCCUUUUCGCACGUCAUUUGUAUGCCUCUUUUGUGUGUCAUUUUUUAUGCCACGCAACAAAACUACGGUAACGGCCGCAGUUUGGUUGAGGCAACAAAAUCCCUUAGUAUGAGAUAAUAAAAUUAUAAGAUGUACGGAAACAACGUAACAGAAGCACGGAAAACACGUCACUAAAACAACACGCCACUAACGUCACUAACAUAACUUAAAAAUAACUCAACACUUUGGGACAUUAACACCGGUCUCCUGGUUGAAAGUCCUGUGUUUGUUGGACCCAUCCACAUCACCUACUCACCCACCUGCCAUAAGCAGUCAUUACAACUUUGUGAUGCAGUUUGGGUUAUGUCGAAAGUGAAAUAUGCUGUAAAUCAGAUGAUGUCUUGUGCAAGAGAGCAGACACUGAAGAUGACUGGCUCAUGUAUCAACAAGAUCCUGACAGUUUACUGGAAUAUUCACCCCCUCACAUAUUCACCCUGAUUAUGAUCUUUUGUGCUGUUCAUUCCUGCUCUUCCCUUAAAAAUUAUGUUACACAACAUUUUGUGGCUCUACAUGUCAUCCGCAUUUUCUCUUCCAUAAUGAGGUGUGUGCCAAUCAGCUGUAGCGUAUUGUUGCUGCUCUACACACGGCAGCAGGUGCAUCAACAUUUUUCCAUAAAGCUGUACCAGUAUCAUUCCACUGAUCAGCAAUAAUAGAAUAAAAUGUCGAAACCCAGCGAGCUCAAGCUGACUUCCUCUUCCUCUCACAACAAGCCUCUUACGCAAUAUAUGUACUUUUUGUUUUUUUUAAUCUCCAAACGCAGUCUUCAAAGUAAAGAGAGAAGCCCAGGAGUUAACAGUCGAUCACGCAAGGUGUAAAAUAGAUGGGAAUUGGUUAACUUUUGGAGUGGAUUUACCGUUGUGGCCUUAAAAAAGAUCAGCAGUUGAAGGUUGUGUCAGUUUGAAGCUAAACUCAGAUUCUUCAGAGGCUUUCAUGAUGGCAUCCAAUAUCACCAACACCACCAUCUCCCAGCAGUCCUCCUCUGGCUCCAUUCCCAUCAGCGCCCAGGUCGGCAUAGCCAUCCUGACGCUGGCGUUCGUGCUGGGCUUCCCGGGGAAUCUGUUUGUGAUUUGGUCGGUGUUCUGUCGUGUGAAGAAGCGCUCAGUGACUUGUUUGUUAGUGCUGAAUCUGGCUCUGGCGGACGCUUCCGUGCUGCUCAGCGCCCCUUUUUUCCUGCGCUACCUGGCUGGAGGCCGGGGCUGGGAGUUUGGCUCGGCAGCAUGCAAGCUGGUGCAUUACCUGUCGAAUGUGAACAUGUACGUGUCCAUUUACCUCAUCUGCCUGAUGAGCAUGGACCGCUGGAUGGCCGUAACGAGGCCUUUUCUGACCCAGAGAAUGAGAACCAAGCGCUCCCUGCUGGCUUUCCUGCUGGGGGUCUGGGUGUUAGCGUUCAUCCUGGCAGUGCCGAUGCCUUUCUACCGCAGUAAUCUGAAAAAGACGAACAAUGCCACUGUCAGCUAUUGCGUACCGUACCACUGGGGCAGCGUGGGUCACAAGGUCUUCCAGUACCUGUUUGAGACCAUCAUGGGCUGCCUGGUGCCGUUCUCCCUCAUCAACACCUGUUACACAACCGUCAUCUGCCGCCUGCAAAGCGCCAAGUUCCAGCGCAAAGGACAAGGCAGCCGCCUCAUCUUGAUGAUCAUCAUUGCCUUUGCAAUAUUCUGGCUGCCCUAUUUCAUCGUCAACAUCAUAGAGGUGGUCGGUCUGUUGACGGGCAGUGAGUCAGUGACCAAGGCGGCCCUUACAGCCCGUCCAAAUGUCACGGCCUUCGCUUACUUCAGCAGCGCCGUCAACCCCAUUCUCUACGUGUUCGCCGGCAGCUCCCACAUCCGCCAGGCCGGCUUCAGCUUCAUGGGCAAGCUCUUCGAAGCCACCAACUCGGAGAGCAGGAGCACCUCUGUCUUCAGCCGCAGCGGGUCUUCACCGGAUGAGACCUCUGUCCUGCGCAUUCUGUCGACCAAACUGGGGAGGCCCUUUAAAAGCAAGGACAGAAGCAGCAGUGUGGCGGGCCAAGAAGUCGACGAGCCUGAACUCAAGACUCUGGCCAGUGUCGAGCAGAUCAAUUAAGCUAUGCUCCAAACACAAGCUGUUUUCCUUGGACUACUUUUACUUUAUCAAUUGAUUAGACACAGACUGUGUUGACUUGUAAUUUGCAUUAUUGAGCUUUUACUUACAUUACUUUUAUAUUUGGAAAUAUUUCGACAACUAUUGGAUGGAUUUCUAUAAAAAAUUGGUAUAAAAAGUGUGGCCUCUGAGUGUCCUCUAGGGUUCCCGUCCAGUAGAGAAAACGUGAUGAAGUGCCCUCUAGGGUUCCCGUCCAGUAGAGAAAACGUGAUGAAGUGCCCUCAAGGGUUCCCGUCCAGUCCAGUAGAGAAAACGUGAUGAAGUGCCCUCUAGGGUUCCCGU